CACUGGCACGCUUGGUCAGAAUAAAAGCGAUUCUUGUGGCACGGCCAACGAUCCUUGUAGAACUGUGAAUUCGUCGUUAGUACAAUGUGGUGGAAGUUUUAGGCCGCCUUUAAACGGUUCGGUUUAUAAUGUAAACGAUACCAAAUUAGCUCCUUGUCAAUGCAAUCAACCAUUUUAUAAUAACAUUACGGCAUGCCUGACAUGUUAUGUGACGCCCACGACCAACUUUAGUAUCGCACCUUUGUCAGACUAUAAAAGCGAAUGUGUAAAACACGGUGUAAGCUUUACUGCUAAAAGCCCACCUGCUGCAUUAUACUCUUCCAACCAAGGCGCAAAGGUCGCGGUCACGGUUCUUAUUGUUUUAUUCGUUGGAUUAAUUCUUUUAAUGAUUGGAGGGGCGAUGUGCUGGUUGUGUUGGAAAAAGGAAAAGUUGCACCCAAAGUUGAGCGACAAUCCAUUUAUGGGUGGAGCCUCUUCAUCGAAAGUCAGUCCAUCCAAAAAAAGCAAAAAAACUCCUUCCUCCGUAAAACAUCCAGAAACCUUGUCACAUAGUGUCGAUAAUCAAAGGCCACCUCCAGGAUCAUUUCAUAGCGAGGCACCAGGAACACUCCAUAGCUCACCACCUCCAGGGUCAUUUCAUAGCGAACCCCCUCCAGGAUCAUUUCAUAGUGAACCACCUCCAGGAUCAUUUCAUAGUGAACCACCUCCAGGAUCAUUUCAUAGCGAACCACCUCCGAGUUCAUUUCAUAGCGAACCACCUGUUACACAUAGCACACAACUGCCAUCAAUUACUCCGCAUGAGCCAAUGUAUGAAGUGCGAACAAGCCCGACAAUUUACGCUUCUACUACACCAGAAUAUGAUAAUUCCAUUCCCAUCAUGCAGAUGCCAGUCCCGAUGCCAACUCCACAUUCGACGCAAGGAAAUUAUCCUCCUCCAGUAUAUCCACAGGGUAAUCCACAGGGUAAUCCACAAGGUCAUCCACAGGGUAAUCCUCAAGGCCACCUUCAAGGAUACCGACAGGAUUACCGUCGAGGCCAAUGA